AUCACAAAAUGUUUGGUUUACCACACUCUACCUCGCACCACCUCCGACGCCGCCAGCAGAACUACUCCUGGGACCAUGGCUACCUCUACCGAUCCGAACUCACCCCCGUCCCCUCCUACGAAGACCUCUCUAUACCCACUGCCAUCCACACUCCAAUCGAUCUCCCCUCUCGCGUCAGCGCUCUAAAUCGCCGCGCAGCUAUCGUCUCCGCUAAUCUUACUCAUCUCACCGCCGUCGUCAAGCCGCUUGAAACGAUCAAGCCCGAUGACCUGAGCGAAGCCCACCUCAGCGACAUGUGGGAGGAGGGUGUGUGCUUGGGAAAGGCAAUGGAGGAGUUCAAGGAGCAGAUGGAGGAAGUGAGCUUGAUACUGGAGGAGUUGCUCAUUGGUCGUAAGAAGGGAAUGAAGAUCUUUAGGGGGGUUGGCUUAGGCUUGGGCUUGGAGAGCAGUAGGAAUCUGUCUAGGGGCUUCAGUAGGAGGAGGGGCUUGGGCUUCUGAGUAUGGG